ACCCCGGAGGCGCUAAGUGUAACGCUACUCACAUUAGUGCUUAAGCGGGCCCAAGGCCCACCCCUUCACCCCUCCAGAGAAAGCGCUUGCUGUGUGUCCGAUCGAGGCGGAGAUACCCCUUGCGCUGGGACGGAGCCGACCCAGCCUACAGGACCGUCUGGGGCCCAAUCGCCAGUUUUAUCGAUCCGACCCGAGACCGGCCGUUACUCUCCGAUGCGUUUUGUUUACACCCUUUCCCAUCCAAGCCUCGCGGUCUGCUCCUGUUGUGUCAACAACUCUGGGUUGAGGUGGAAUGAAGAUAUAGAUUUGUCCAUGAUUGUGUACUGUGCGUCUCAGUAGUAGUGCCAGCAAAUGGACCCUAAUCAGCAACAGCAGCAACAGCAGCAACAAGCCCUACAACAACAACAAGCCGCCAUGCAGCAGCAACAGCAAGCCUUGCAGCAGCAGCAGCAGCAACAACAACAGCAGCAGCAGCAGCAACAGCAGCAACUGCAACAAAUGCAGCAAGCCCAAGCACCUCAGGUGGUACAACAGCAAGUGAUGGCAGUCCAUGAUGGCACCACAGUUAGUGGUGCUGGGGCUGGCGGAGCUGGUGUGGCGAUGGGCAUGAUGACACAGAAUCCGCAAGCUGUUACUCUUGUUGCCUCUUCCAUGCCAUCAGGCAUGGGUCAGGCUGGUCAACCUGGUGUGCAGCCACAGCAGGUAACUGUCUCUAUGCAACAGCCUGGUAUGGCAAACCAAGGAAUGAAUCCUGGUGCUGGACAGACUCAGAAUGCAAUGGUUCCCCAGUCGCAGUCAGGAGCAACCACCCUUACAUCAAUGUCUCCAUUACACCACCCUAUGGCACCACAUACUCCUCAUCCUAAUAUGGGUCAUUCUCAGAUGCAGCCAUUACAGGUCAUCCAACAACCACUUCAAAAUGGACCUUACAUGACUCAAGCCUUGUACAACCCUCAAGGGCAGCUCAUUAUGCCUGGAAACAUCGCCCUUCAUCCUGGUGGUAUGAAUACUCAGCCCAUCCAAGUUAUCACAGCCAAUGGCAAACCAAUGUUGCCAAGCGGCCAGGCGUCGUCAUUCCCUGGUUACAUUCCAACUACCACCAAUCAGACCCUUAUUUUGUCCAAUUUAUCUAACCUUGGAGUAAUCAGCAGUCAACCAAAUCUGUUGCAAGCUCAAUCUGGUGGUCCCACUGGGAAACCUCAAGAUAUUCAGAAGAUGCUCACUACCCAGACAGUUGUGAGUGCUGCUAAUGGUGGCAUGAAAUCAUCUACAAUGGCUCAACCACAAACAGUUCAACAACAACAGCAGCAAGCUCAACAGAAUCAGUCUCAACAACAGCAGCCUGGUGCUCAACAGCAAGGUUCUUUGUCAGGAUGUGUUGUUUCGCAACCUCAGCAGUAUGUCACCACACAAGCUCCCACAGGGAUGCUCCCAGGGCAGACGCAGUUAAUCAGCAAUCUUCAGCAAGGAGGCCAGCAGAUGCAAUUCACUCCCUUCAAUCCAUUUGCUCAAGGAAUCACAUGGACUCCAGCUGGUGGUAUUAUUGGGCAAGCUCAAAUACCUCAAAACCACAUCAUUAUUCGACCAACUCAACCUGAUGGAACUCCGGGACCAGCACAAAUGUUCCUUCAAAGUCCUCCUGCUCAAACUAUGACACAACAGCCUCAGCAAGGAAUGACUACUGUUCAACCAGUCCAGCAGAUGGGCAAACCGAGGCAGACCUUGGAAAUGCAAACCAAUAUCCAGCCUAAAAUGCAGCCCAGGGCUGUCCCAACCAUUCUACCUUCUCACAAUCAUAGGCCUGCUAGUUCAGUUUCAACACAAACAAUUCAGAAUGCCUCACCCACUCAGGUGCAAGCACAGAAAAAUCAGCAGAAACCUCGUCCCACCAAAAUUAUUUCAAGAGGUCCUCAACCAAUACCAGUUCAACCUGCUCCUUCCCAAACACCCAUGCCCAACAUGCACAUGGCCCAGAACAAAGAUGCUUCCGGGCAAGCAAAAGUUGGUGGCGUUCUUCCUUCUGGAAUGCCAAGGAUGAUGGUUGCCAAUGGUUCUCAAGUAAACUCUGACAACAAACAACUUGUUCCUGGUACUAUGAUGCAGACUCAACAGGGCCAACAAAUGCAACAACAGAAAGUCAUGGGUAUGCAAUCCAUGCAACAAGUGAUGCAACCAUUCCAAAUGCAAUUGCAGUCAACUGGUGGACAGUUAUUGGCCCCAAAGCCAUCCAUGGGUAUGGUUGUGAUGCAGCAAAUGCCAACUCAGAAUCAACAAAAUCAACAGAAUCAGGCUCAGGGACUGCAGGCGUUACAACAGCAGCAGCAAAACCAACAAGUUCAGCAGGCACAAGCCCAACAAGCCCAACAGCUUGUUCAGCAGCAGUUGCAGCAACAAGUUCAACAACAUGUCCAACAACAGCAGGCGCAACAGCAAGCACAACAACAAGCUCAACAGCAAGCCCAACAACAGGCGCAACACCAAGCCCAACAACAGCAAGCGCAACAACAUGCGCAACAACAGGCCCAACAACAAGCGCAACAGCAGGCCCACCAGCAAGCCCAACAGCAAGCACACCAUCAGCAAGCCCAACAGCAGGCUCAACAACAGGCUCAACAACAGGCCCAGCAGCAAGCACAGCAGCAGGCUCAACAAGCUGCUCAGCAACAAGCACAGGUUCGAGCACCUACUCCAGCCCAACAGACAGGCAAUCAACAAUCCAACCAGCCUCAGUCAGGGUCAUCGUCUGAUCGACCUGUAAUGCCAGUGGCAUCAAUGCCUGCUGCUUCUACUACAGUCACUACUACUCAAGCUUCAUCAACACCAACACCAGCUCAAACAACUCCCUCUCAGAUGUUAUCACCCAAACCUCAGGUCAAGACAGAGAAAACAAAUGGAGAAGUUCAAGCUAAUGGAGUUGAUGAAGUCAAAACAAGUGGUCCACCAAAAGCAAUGGUCAAACCUCAAGUGUUAACACAUGUUAUUGAGGGCUAUGUUAUUCAAGAAGCAUCAGAGCCAUUCCCUGUUGGGCGGUCACUCAGUGACUUGACAAGCAAAACAAAUAACUUAGAUGUGAAAACAGAGUCUGAUGACGAGCCACCAAGGAAAAAAGCCAACAUGGACAAUUUAACUCCUGGAGAUCUUAAUAAAUGUGAGUCGUGUGGUAAAAUGGGCAACUUUAAGAAGAAGAAGAGGUUCUGCAGCCCGAACUGUGCCAAGAAUAAGAAAUUAGGCCCAGGAUCAGAAGUUAAUGGAAACACAAACAAGGACACAAAUUCAAUGGACAGUGAUAUGGAAACUAGUAUAGCUUUAGCACCAGCAGAUUCUGACUUACAGAAGUCUUGUGCACCUGAAAUUCCAGGAGUGAACCCAGUUGUUAAUUGGACGGUAUCGGAUGUAGUUGAGUUUAUUCGCAACCUUCCAGGAUGCACUGAUUACGCAGAGGAUUUUGCUAUCCAAGAAAUCGAUGGUCAGGCGCUUAUGCUGUUGAAAGCUGACCACCUCAUGGCUGCAAUGUCAAUGAAGCUAGGCCCUGCUCUUAAAAUAUGUGCCAAAAUAGACACUUUCCGUACAGACACCACACAAGCACAGGAUAAAGUGUAGUUCUAGGGGUGGUGUAUAGUUUCUAAAAUACAUCUUGUGACUUUGUGAUGUUUAGUCCAUUUACAUUUCAUGUAGAUUAUUAUAAGGCUGGUUCAGGCCCUAGCUUAGAGCUCAUUGGCUCUUCUGUACUGACUGCCCAUCAGCUGAAAGACUAAGUAUUUUUAUGUAAUCUUAUUAGAGAUAUAAGAGCUUGUAUUAUUUAUACUGUAGAUAUCUAGAUCAUUUAUCUGUACAUUUUCUGUCUGUAUAUGUAUAUAUUCUCUUUUCAGUCUUCAUCCUAAGAUAUGUGUCAUUUCUUUUUUGCUUCAUUUUGUUCUGAGUCUUGCUAUGUUAAGUUUCACCUACUGUUAUCUUUCAAAGGGACUUUGUAUUUAGGAUAUUCCAUGAUCGGUUUUAGUCCAACCUCCUUGCAUUCAUAUUGUUACUUAUGCUUUACUACAUCUAUUUAUUAAAAAAAAGAAUGGUCUUUCUAGCCUAAAAUUAGACCUGGUUAACUGUAUGGUGUCAGGUUUAUUCUUUGGCUAGAUUGUCUCCAAUUCCUUCUGAUUUGCCAAGACUGCUCUGUGGAAGUCCUAAACAGUCUUCACAUUAAUUUUGUAACUCCUGUAUAUUUUCUGUGUACCUCCUAAGUGUUUCAUCAUAUAUUUUUUCAGUAUACCUAUGAAACAUUUAUUUUCAAUAUUUUUCAGAGUAUUAGUUAGUCAUGGUGUUCUUCUCUAAUAUACCUUUCUUGGUACCCUAGUACCCUUAUUUGUAAAGUUUAAAGGAAUAUAUUCCUUUCAUCUUUUCUCCACUUUCACUUUUAGUGCUAGUCAUACCAUGCAGAUCCAUUGCAAGGUAUUAUUGUCUUACCUAGUAUGUUGGUUGUACCUAAUUUUAUUGUUCUUUUAAAAUUUUGUGAGGAUUUCCGUGUUAAAUGUGUAUUGCUCUUAAUUAUUUGGAGGAAAUAACUUUAAUGUAUUUAUUAGAUCUCUUCAUGGUUGCUCAUCAUGUCCUUUGCUGGUGCAUUUGAUUUGAUAAUUUGUUCAUGUUCCCAUGGCAGAAGUUUUUUUAUUUGGCCAGACUGAUACUUAGAAUUCACCCCAUAUUAUUCCUGAACAAUAUUAUCUGUUCAUGGCUCAAAUUAUUUUUAUCUUUAUUUUGGCUUAUUGAAGCAAAUUAUUCCAGCAGCAUUGAAGACUUACCUUUACAGAUAUUAUAUUUUCCACAUUUAGAGCUGCUGUAAUAACUUGAUUGUCAAUAAGGUCCUAUUCAUUCUCUAUGAAUUUUAUCAAGCCUGAUAAUUACUUUGUGAUGAAAUUUCUUAUUAGGAUGAUGUCUCAAUAUACAUCCGUAAGUUUUCGGAAGGUACUUUCUUGGUCCAUUUGCUAUCGCCUGAAGUUGUCAUUCUUAAAUGAAUAAGAAACUGUGAUACCGGUUAGAAAGCUGUAUUCAUUAAGAGUUAAAAGUGCUUUGCUGUAAUGGUUUACAGUGCAUUUGAGUAUCCUAAUCUGAACUAUCCAGGAAAAGAAAAUAUUUCAGCAUUCGAUUUGAGUGUUACUAUUGGCUCAACAAGGACUGUUUAUUUGAUUUUCACAUAAUUUCUGUUUUGUUGUCUAUGUUAGGUACUGUUAUGUAAUUCUGUUGUACCUUAACUGCUAUGGUUUGUGUAAGGGGUGUGCAAAUGUGUUCAACCAAUGUGUUGUGAGCAAAAACAUGGUUUUGGCCUCAGCUUGUUAAUUUAGUUUUUUUUAUUGUAUAGUAAAUAAUCACUGCCAAUCUGUUUUUAGUGUUUUAAAGCUUUAAAUUGAUGAACAAUUAUGAUUAAAGAUACUGUUAUGAUUUUUACAAAAAAUGAAAAA